AUGAAGUCACCUCAAGAGAACGGUGACGAAACGCAUUCAGUCGAACGGAUCCAACCGCAGAUGGAAGAACCGACCCCAAUGCCUGCAGCUGAACCAGUAUCUACUGAAGCGCAGAGGAACCCUCUUCCGCGAGAUCGUCCGCCGGUUGCUAAUGCUCAGCCACCGAAAAUGGUCAAUGGCGCAUCACUGAAGAGAAUGGAGAAAAAUAUGUUUCCUCCUCCAGCUGUUGUAACUCAACGACGUCAUUCAGCCAUGGUUGGACCGUACAACGAGAAACUCCAGAACGGAAACUGUAAGUCCGCUCUUGUUGAUUUUGCUCGAGUUCGAACUUUCGCUGAAGUUUGA